AUGCGUGUACACCCCGAACUUCCAGUUGACCAAAUUGACAAAAUUAUAUCAGCAGAAAUUCCUCAUGAAAAUACAUAUUUAAAUGAAAUAGUAAAAAAAUAUAUGCUUUAUAGACAACAACAUUCACCUCGCUGUCUUCGCAAUGGUACCUGUAUUUAUUAUUAUCCGAAACCAAUUAUUUCCGAAACUUAUAUUGACGAAAGAGGUUACGUGCAAUACCGUCGUCGAACACAUGAUGAUGCAUGGGUAGUACCUUAUAAUCCUAUGUUAAUCAUGAAGUUAGAAUGUCAUAUCAACUUUGAAAUCACCUCUACCGUUCAUCUAUUUAUGUACUUAUAUAAAUACCUUUUCAAGGGGCCUGAUUAUGUCAAAUUUACUGUAAAUAAUGCAGAUACUACAAAUUUUAACAAUACUGAUCAUUUUGAACCAACAAAUCUUAAAACAACAGAUAUACUUCCUAAUACAAAUCAUCAAUCAAAUUCACAAAUCUUUCGUUAUCACAUAACUUCGACAGACCCACCAGUACAAGCACUUCCUAUUCAUCUUUUCAAUACAAAUAUUUCCCAAUAUUCACGCUCAUAUAAUACUUCAUCUGUAUCACUUUUGGAUCGAUAUUUCUUUCGACCACCUGAGUCCUUAUUUGAUAGACUUAAGUAUACCGAAUACUAUGAACAAUAUUCUCUAUAUCCCUUUAAACAACAAGAUAUACGUGAAGGUGAUUUUCUUGAACAAGAGCAACCUGGUGUUCUAAGAAAAAUUGUGAGAAAAAAAACCAAUAAUAAAAUCACUAGAAUUGUUUUAGUAGCUCCAGGAACUGGUGAACUCUUUUAUCUAAGAUGUAUUUUAAUGCAUCGCGCAGUUAGAACAUGGGAUGAUAUUAAAAUAUUUAACAAUAUUGUAUAUUUAAUAUACCAAGAAACUGCAUGUGAGAUGGGACUAUUCGCCAAUGAAAAUGAAAGUAUGUUCGCUAUGAAAGAAGCCGUUGAAAGUUUCUCAACACCAGCACAAUUACGUUUUCUUAAUAAUCCUAAUGCCAUUAAUAUUGCACUUCAACAAAUAGCCUCUAUACUUGCUGAACAUGGCCGACGUUUGCGUGAUUUUGGACUUCCAGAACCACAAACAUGGACUAAAGAAGUAAUUGCGGAAUAUCAACGCCAUUCUGAUUAUGUUCGGUAUAGUCAACUUGCUGAAGAAUUCUGCUCAAAAAUGACCCCAGAACAAAUUGCUUUUCAUGAUGAAAUUAUAGCCUAUAUACUAUGGAAACCAGAAGAUGGUCCUAUUCCAAUAUCAAAAUUUUCAAAAUUUUUAGAUGGAAAAGCUGGUCGUGCGGGAAAAAGUGCUACCAUUGAUGCAUCAAUUAAAACUUCAUAUCUAUGGACGUACUUUGACAAAUAUACCCUCCACCAGCCUAUACGUAAUGCAAAUGAUCCAGGUUUUUCUGAAUUUGUCGAUUCUAUUGGAAAUAACUGGCAAGAAUCAGAAGUAUCUCUGGAAAUUUUUGAAACAACUCAUGAUAUUGAAAAAGCAAUUUCCUUUUUAUAUCCAAAAAAUUCACUUACAGAUUUUAAUGCACUACAAACAAGAGCUUUUCUUAGUCCCCGCAAUAUUUUAGUAGAUGAUUUCAAUAGUCGAAUUCUCAAUAAUUUACCGGGAACUGUUCACACAUAUUUCAGUUAUGAUGUCGUAAAGGAAAAUGAUGAAAUAUUAUAUGAUCACACAAUUGCAACACCAGAUUAUCUAGCUCAACUAACACAUCCUGGAAUACCCAACCAUGAACUUCAUAUAAAAAAUGGUUCCAUUUGCUCUAUUAUGCGAAAUAUCUCUAUCGAAAAAGGAUUAGUUAAGAAUGCACGAGUUAUUGUAACUAAAUUAGGAAGACGGCUAAUUGAAGUAAUACUGCCUAAUAACAAUCAACCUAAUCACAUAUUGGAAACCCAUCUACUUCCUAGAAUCAACUUUUAUUUUCAACCAGAGUACUGUUCAUGGACAGUGUACCGAAAACAAUUUCCACUACGUCUAGCCUAUUCAACAACCUUUAAUAGUUGCCAAGGUUUAACUUUAGAUCGUAUUGUUAUAGACCUUCAAACCCACGUGUUUGCUCAUGGUCAACUAUACACUGCUAUCUCCCGCGUAAGAAAUAAAAAGCAUUGUUUAAUUCUAUUACCAGAAGGUAAUACAACCGUAAAAACAGUCAAUAUCGUCUAUAAAGAACUGGUUCAAUAA